UACUCAACAUGAUGAUGAAAAUGAACUUCUAGUGUCAUUUUGACAUCUCGAGAAUAAUUUUUUUGAGUUAAUUUUCAGUUCCUAAUUAUGUGUGAUAAUGGUAAUCUCAAAGUAUUUGUUGAUGAUGACUAUUUGGAUCUUAGAAAUGACCAGAGCAAAUCUUCCAGAAUAAGACCUAUGAGCGGCCAGUCUGUGACAAGAGGUUCGUCGUCUAUAAACACUCGAGGGAAUGUUAAAACAGUAAAAGAAGUUCUUCCCGGACUAAAGAAGAUAUUGAAUAAUUAUAAUCCAAAAAAUACGAAUACUUUUACUCACAAGAGAAAUAAUCAACAGCAAGCUCAACAAAUAGACAGCAGAUUUCGAAGGAAAGUAGAAAAAAAAGCACUGAGUUCAAGAUCUGAAUCUCUACUACAGGAAAAUGAGAGCACAAGAAAGGAAACAACAGCAAGUCAUAGCUCUGAUAUAUCAACCCAUGAUCAUUCAUCUGGAAGUGAAAAUCGGUAUACAAGCCAACUUGAAACAAAGCUCAGUCCCAAAGAGGAUAAAUUUUCAAAAACAAAGUUGGACACAGAAUUUUCAAAGUUCAAAAUCAAAAGAGUUGAAAAUCAUAUAUUUGAAAAACAGAAGAAUGAAAAAAACGAAAGAGUAAAAAAUGCCAAAAACGAAUCCAAGAGAACCGUAGAACUACAACCGAAAGUUACGCAAGACGAUAUAAAAAAGCAGUUGAGAGUAAAGGAAGAUAAUAAAGAGGGAAAAGAUCUUGAUGUGAAGAAAGUUCUGAAUGAGGAUCUAGGAAAAGUUCAUUGGGUGAAUCGGAAGUUUGAAUCUCAUAAAUUUUACCCAUUUCCUACCUUCAGGAAAAGCUGGACUGUUCCUUCAUUACCAUUGUUGAAAAGAAGUUUCUCAUGGACAAGACAUCAUAAUGUUUUGUGUGCUAAAGUGGAUCGAAAAACAUACGAAUUCGACACCGACGACACGAUAUCAGAGACUGAGGAUGAUCUGUCUGCAUAUUCCACAAUUUCCAGAAGUAACUACAUGAACCUUAUUUUCUGCUUAGGAUGCUUAUGUGGAAUUUUCCUUAUUGGGGGUAUCUUAACUGCCUCCGAAAUCCAAGCCGAUUUUUUCAGACCACCCGAAUCUGAGGAAGGAAUGAUGGAGUUUUUUUACGUCCAAGUUUCAUACACAUUUCACGUCAUAUUCAACGUCUUCUACCAGAUUAUAACUUUUCCGAGUACGAAAUUGUUCAGGACAAGUGUGGAGCAGCCGAAGUAUUGGGGUGUUUUCGACAAGUAUUUGUAUUUUGUUCCUGAAUAAAGUCAAUUCAAAUCUAAA